UUAUAGCAUGUUGGGGGGGGCCUCCGAAAGAAAAAGGUUGAGAAUCCGUGUUCUAGAGCAUACUUCCGUUAGUUAAAAAGAAUAAAUCUGUGUAACUGCACACUGAAUCCUUUAAAGUAGAAAAUUAGCCUAUGUUAUGUUUAAACUCUACUAUACAACUUAGAUUUGUCCAUUUGUUAUUUUUAAUUUUUUUUAGUCAAUGCACUGGGCUGUCAGAAGUAAAAAAGAGCCAAUGCUGGAAGCACCUGAGCUAAAUAAUAGCAACAACAUAACUAAUGACACUUGGGCCCAACAGACUGAAAACAAUAAAGAUGGAUUGUCCGAUAAGAGAAGGGAGCAAGAUGAUGCUGAGACUUCUGAUGAGAAGCCACAAUCACCAAAGAGUCCAGACUCUCCAAGAUUUUUAGAUGCAAAUUGCUCGCACUUGCGUUUCCGCUGGUCAGGUGAUGCCCCUUCAGAGCUUCUGAGGAAGUUCAGAAACUAUGAAAUAUAAAGUAUGAACCCAAGAUACAUGAGAGCAUGGAAUCAGCUGCUCAACAGUGCAGUAUUUUUUGUCCAUGGUUAAAACUUGUUUGUAUCUUGUGCCUGUUCACCAUUAUUUGAAUGUUCAAUUAUGUGGCUUUGUAAUACUGAUCUGUUAUCACACUUUGUAUAAAUAUUUUAGGUGGAAGAAUUUUUGAGAGGGCGAGGCACUAUCUUUAUUCAGUAGUAGCAUAAGUAACAAUUAUAUGCAUAAAGUGGUCCAGUGUUUUAUAUCAGUUUCCUGUGUUCUUCUUUAGUAUACAAUCAGAAGGCUUUUCUGUCCAUAUUAAACAUAUAGAAUGUA